AUGUCCGCGCGCUCACAGGCCAAGUCCAAGCUCGUUUCUCGGGGCCCACUGGAAAACGCCGAUGCCCGCUGGGCUCGUUUGGUCAAGACGACCUAUACUGACCCUCUUGGAGUGGAACGAACAUGGGAGUCCUCGGAGCGGCAGACACGCCCGGCCAACUGUGAGAUCGAUGGCGUAGGGAUCGUCACCAUUCUCAACAAGCCCACCGGCCCGGAACUGCUACUGCAGAAACAGUACCGUCCUCCGAUUGAUAAAGUAGUAAUUGAGGUACCUGCGGGUCUCAUUGAUGCCGGUGAGACACCAGAACAGUGCGCUGUUCGUGAACUCAAGGAAGAGACGGGUUACGUGGGUGAGGCGGAGCAGACCAGUCCGGUAAUGUAUAAUGAUCCGGGAUUUUGUAAUACGAAUCUGAACAUGGUUCAUGUGCGUGUUGACAUGAGUCUGCCGGCGAAUCAGAACCCAAAGCCGGAGCUUGAAGACAACGAGUUUAUUGAAUGUUUCUCCGUGCCCAUGGCGACCCUGUUCGACGAGCUGAAGAAGCUGGAACAGCAGGGCUAUGCGAUUGAUGCCCGGGUUGGGACCCUUGCCGAGGGAAUCGAAUUGAUGAAGAAGUGGAAGUUCUGA